AUGAAGUUCAACGUUGUCUUCGGCCUGGCUGCUGCUCUCGCUCUGGCUCCCAAUGCCGUCGCUUUCAACCUGUUCGCCAGGCAGCAGGAUGCCACUCCUACCAUUACUGCUCAGGCCUCCGGCACUGUGCCCACUGGUCUCCCCCAGGGCUCCAGCAGUGGAUCUGAGGGUGGUUUCGGCGGUGGUGCCCAGGAGUCUGGUCGUCCCCAGGCCUCCGGUACCGUUCCCUCCGGCGUUUCUGGGGGCUCCGAGCCCAGCGGUAGCUUCGGCCAGGGUGGUUUCCCCUCCGGUGGUGCCCAGCCCAGUGGUGGUUUCGGCCACGGCGGUCACCACGGCCACGGUGGCCACGGCGGCCAGGGUGGUUUCCCCUCUGGAGGCGCUCAGCCCUCUGGUAGCUUCGGUGGCUCCGGCCAGGGUGGUGAGGGUGGUGCUGCUCCUACUGCUGCCCCCUCUGGCACUUUCGGUGGCUCCAGCGGCCAGGAGUCUGGCUUCAUCACUGUCUCCGGUGCUCUCCCUACUGGCUCGGCCACCCCCGAGUCUGGCAGCUCCUCCGAGGGUAACCAGCAGUUCGAGCGCGUCCACGCUCGCCAGAUCCGCCCCUUCUAA